AUGGCGGAGACGGGGGACUCGUGGUUCAACUGCCAGAAGCUCAGGCUGCCGGACGGCUGCGGGUACGCUUGUGCUCCAUGGCUGCUGUACGGGUCCAUCGGCUGGUCGGUAGGGGCGCUGCUGGGCUACGCGCAGGGCGCCACCGACAAACGCGUCAUCGCCUGCAUCGGGGACGGCAGCUUUCAGGUGACUGCUCAGGAUGUGUCGACGAUGCUCCGGUGCGAGCACAAGAGCAUCAUCUUCCUGAUCAACAACGGCGGCUACACGAUCGAGGUGGAGAUCCACGACGGGCCCUACAACGUUAUCAAGAACUGGAACUACACGGGGCUGGUGGACGCCAUCCACAACGGCGAGGGCAAGUGCUGGACGGCGGCCAUCGACACGGCCACGGGGGACAAGACGGACUGCCUUUGCUUCAUCGAGGUGGUGGACGACACCAGCAAGGAGCUCCUCGAGUGGGGAUCCAGGGUCUGCGCAGCUAACUCAAGGCCACCAAACCCGCAGUAGGAAUAUUAUAUCAAUAAAUAAAAGACCCGGAUUUUACAUUAAUAUUAUA